CAUAAUGGCGACGUCCAGAGUCGUGACCCUGAAGACUAGUUACGCGACGAAAUAGUAAAUAAGUGUAUUAUCUAGUAUAUUAAGAAGAUUCUUAUUAUAAAACGUCUGGAAUAGUGAAUCUAAUAGAAACAAUAAAGUACUCUAAAUUACAUAUUUGGCACAAAAAUGCGAGUUACUGUAUGUCUUUGUGCUGGGAUUCGGGAUGUUACAGUUCGAAGAUGGAAAAAAGUAUGGGCGUGCCGUGGCAGAUAUUAUGUAUAUCCACUCAAAGUACCACAACCUCUUUUUAAGAAAGGUAUUAAAGUUGUUGAUGUAGGACAAACAGAAAUACCAAAACCAAAGUGGGUACCACCAGUUCCUGAUGACCCCAGGUUUGCAGAAGUAGUUCCUCAUGAGAAACGGCUUGACUGGAAAACAGAGCCAGCAUUCGCACAUCAUGAUAAUGUUCGCCUGUUUGAAGGGAUCAAGCAAGCCUGCCUUAUUGCUAAAGCCCAACACUUUGAGGGAUUUCCUCCUGCAGUUGAAGGAUUAAUUGGUGCUUUGGAUAUUGAGGAUAAGGACCUCCUGCUGCAAAGAUAUAUCAUGCAGUCUCGAGUUUGGAAUACUGAUGAGGACAGGUUGCCAAAACCUUUUGACCCACGCAAACCUCGCUGGCAUUGGACUGCUCAAUAUGGCAUCACUAGCUUAAAGUCAUCGCAGAUACUAUUAAGGAAUUUCCUUCGUCUUUGUCAGCUAGAAACAUUUCACUUAAAGUCUUGUCAAAGGACACAAAUAGCUGAUCUUCCUCUUUAUUCAUAUAUAAAUUACAAAGGCAAACCCAUAGUGAUGAAUGAAGUUCUGGAUUUGGUCUUGACCUCACCUUCCCCCCUGCCACUCUUUGCGGACAAGUCUGCCGUUGCUGAGAGUGUUGGGCACAAGAUCCCAGACAUGUGGCCAGUGUUCCCCACUGUAGACUUCCUGCAGACCAACAACUACACGCUCAGCAACAAUUUAGGAUUUGUCGAGGAGAACCCUCUUCUAACUCCCCAUACGAUCAUACAAAUUCCAAGAAAAACCAACUGGGAACAGAAACACUACCAGGCAUCUCAGAUCAUGUCUAGCCUGAUGUACACAGCCGCACUGGCCAGGAGGAAAUAUGGGGAGGAUGUAAAGAUAUUACCUGAGCCCAUCACCAUCCAGCAUGUGGCCAUACAAGACAGCUGGCUCCUCUAUACUUUCUUCCAGUUGAACACACUGGACUUUGACUCUGAUGAUGGCAUCAAGAACUUAGUCUGGACGGCACCACAAGCUGACCUCUUCAAGAUACUGAGAAGACAGCCUUGGAUGCCAAGGAUAAUGAGGAAGGACAGAUACAUAGACUACAACCCCACUGCGUUUGAUCAGUUCCUGGCGGUUUACAUGAGUGGGGGGUCCAAGGAUGCAGUCAAGGAGAAGUUGGAAGCUGUGUGAUCUACAUUAAAAUUUUACGUU